CAAUGCAGCUUUCUCCCCUCCCAGUUCCCAAGACAAAGGACAGAGACAGAGGCAGGCUCUGCGCCACCUCCUCCACCACCACCACCGCACCACACCGUCUUCAAGGUAAGGGACGACCAGACCUGCCUGACUUUGCAACCUCUGCUCUAGGCAACAACAAGAGGAGAGGACAACCCCUUUCUCAUCACCGGCCCCCGUUUGAGGUGCCGGCUGUGGAGCGCCAUGCCGCCGCCGCCGCCAGCUCGCUCCUUCAUCCUCCUCUCGCUGCUGCUCUUCCUCGCCAUUACCAUUACCAUUACCGCUUCCGCCACCCAAACGUCUCACCCCCGCAUCCGUCGCGUUCUCCCCGCUUCUCUCCCGCCUCCUCCUCCUACACGGCCUCCCCACCACCACCACCACCACACCAUGCCUCCUCGCCCCCCACUCACACCGCCACCGCACCUCCCCCCUCCUCCGCCACUCCCUGUACCCAACCCCACCACUCCCGCGACACCCACACCCGUCGCCGUACCGCCGGCACAGGCACCGCCCCCCACGCCCACUGCCACUCCGCCGACGCCCAAGUACCCCUCUUCCUCCGCGAACCCCUCCUCCGACCCAUACCCCUUCACCAACUACCCCUUCUUCCCCGCCGCCACCUCGCCGCCGCCUCCCCCUGCGCCGACCGAGCCCUCCUCCUCCUCCGGCGACGGCGGCCUCCCGACGUUCCCAGCUAACAUCUCCAACCUCGUCGCCCCAACCCCGCGCGCCUCCGCCUCCCACCGCUUCCCGGUGCUCCAGGCGCUGCUCCUCUCCUUGCUCUCGCUCUGCCUCAUCCUCCUCUCCGCGGUCCUCUCCAUCCACCUCUUCCGCCGCCUCCGCCACCGCGGCCGCUCCGGCGCCGCAGCCGCCUCCUCCUCCGCGGCCCAUCGCCGGGCAGCCAACGACGACGACGAUGACGGGGACGAGGAGGGCCGCCGGCUCAAGCCGCCGCCAAUGCCCACCUCCUCGUCCAACCCCAGCACCGAGUUCCUCUACCUCGGCACCCUCGCCACCCCGCCGCCGGCACCGCAGCCCCCGGGAACAAGCUCCCAUCUCCGGCCUGGAUCGCCGGAGCUCCGCCCUCUACCGCCGCUCCCCCGCGUCGGCCCGCCCUCCGGCGAGUUCGCCUCCCGGAGCUCCGCCUCCGACCCCAGCACCAUGCCUCCCGCCGCCGCCGACGCGUCGUCCUCGUCGCUCUCCCCUUCCUCGCCGUCGGCCUCCUCACCCACGCUCGGUUCCAGCCCCGUCCAUCUCCGGCCGCCGUCCAUCCCACAGCCGCGUGGCCGCGCUCCCAACCCGUCGCCCCCUAAACGGAGGCCGUCGCCGCCCAAGGUUGUCGCGGAGCCCAUGGCAGCGCACGCCUGGAACCCCUUCGUGGCCGUGCCGCCUGGAGCAGUUGCCUCAGAUGAGGGGGACUCCGAUGAGAAGAGCAUUCGCAAGUCGCGGCCUUUGCACUCGGAUAAGCUAAAGCCCGGGUCUUUGCACAUGAAGGACGAAGUGAUCCAGCUAUACCUGAACAACUCGGCGGCGGUUGCGGCCCCGAGGGAGGUGUGUUUGCUUGGUGCUCCAAGGUGCCAUGGCAUUGGGAUGGUUGUGGGGGCAUUGGGUGUUUCCAAGGAGCAAGUGCGGGAUGCCCUAUUGGAAGGUAAUGCACAUGGUUUGGGAGUAGAAGCCUUGCGGAUGCUCACGCAGAUUGUUGUCACCAGUGAAGAAGAGCUUAAACUGAAGUAUUUCAAGGAUGAUUCACUGUCCAAACUUUGCCCGGUUGAGGCUUUUCUGAAGACAAUGCUGGAUGUGCCGUUUGCGUUCAAGAGAGUGGAUGCCAUGCUUUACAUUGCUAGUUUUUAUUUGGAGGUCAACCAGCUGAGAACGUCCUAUGCUACUCUUGAGGCAGCUUGCCAGGAGAUGAGAAGCAGCAGGCUGUUCCACAAAGUCCUUGAGGCCGUUCUGAAUUUCGGCAAUUUCAUGAGCAUCAAUGCAGGGUCUCCAAAUUCACAAGGCCUGGAGCCAAACACUCUUCUAAAGAUUGUUGAUGUGAAAGGAGCUGAUGGAAAGGCUGCACUGCUACAGUUUGUUGUCCAGGAAAUUGUGAAACCUGAAGGAUUCAGUAUGAUGCACCCUGGGUCGGCUACAUGCAAAAUGAAUGAUGCCGAAUGCAGGAAGCAUGGCCUUGAGGUUGUCUCCAAACUCGCAGCUGAGCUGAGCAACACAAAGAAAGCGUCAUCUGUCGAUAUAAUGAGGCUUAGCAGAACGGUGUCGGAGCUUGGGGUGGGGCUUGGAAAGGUCCAUGACGUGCUGAGGCUGAACAGCAUGGUUACAUCGGCUGAGAGCUCUCGGCGUUUCCACAACACUAUGAGCAUGUUCCUGAGGCAAGCGGAAGAGGAGAUCCUGAAGCUCCAGUCCCAGGAGAGCAUCUGCUUGUCUUGGGUGAAGGAGAUGGCGGAUUACUUCCACGGCGAUUCAGGCAACGAUGAAGCUCACAUGUUGAGAAUUUUCGCGGGUGUCAAGGAAUUCCUAGCCAUGCUUGAUCGGAUCUGCAAGGAAGCUUGUCCCUAAUCUGCUGGACUUGUGUUGGCAAAAUCUGUAGCCGCCCACUUUUUGUAGAAUAUUAUGUCAGCAAGAUUACCCUUUCUAGUGUUAGUAGUAGAUGGGAACAAUGCUAAGCCUUGCUAUAUAUGUAAUGUAAUGUUUGUUGGACUUGGACACGCUGGUAGCUGGUUUGUAUAAAGUUUACUAGUGGUAACUGGUAAUGGCAUCGCCUUAGCCAAUGAGAUUGGUAACUAGCUGGAAA